AUGCAGUCCACCCUUCUUCUUCUUACUUGUGCUAGCCUUGCUAGUGCUGGACUCUUCAACGAGCCUUCCAGAAUUGUUAAGAGAGAUAGUUGGGGUGGAAGCGUGUCGCUCGGCCCGUCGAAGUCUACCAUCGUCAGCGCGGUGACCACUAUCAUCCCAGGUGCAGCCCCUUCAGCUCAGAAUGGAGAGCUGUUCCUCUGGCCGGGUAUGUCCAACGGCACUGGUGAUUUGAUUCAGACAACCCUGGAAAGCUGGCCUGAUAAUGCAUGGUGUGGCGCGACCACGGGUCAGUGGUGUGUCCGUGCCAGUGUAUUCGGAUCAUUCGGUCAACUUUCCGGUGAUGGAAGUCCCGUUAGUGGAAUUGAUCAAGUGCGCAUCGAGUACAAUCUUGAGAGUGACGGUGAGACCUGGAAGCAAACUGUCACCAAUAUUGAGACUGGAGAUCUUCUCUCUACUUACUCUAUUGCCGCCGGACCUUACAUGACCGGAUACGGAACUGGUACCGAGUGCGAUGAUGACUGCACUGGUACUAUCGCUGCUCAAAAGUACCUCAACACUACUAUCACUCUCAAGUCGGCUGACACUACCUUUGGAGAUACUAUCGCAACAGCUGCCGGCGCUACUUAUACUGGAUUGGCCUCAAGCCAGGGUGGCAAGGUCUGGACCAUUGCAGCCAUGAAUAUUCCUGCUAUGUAG